GGCCGGGCGGGGCCGGGGGCGGGUCUCAGGGCCCCGGCGCCGCCGCUCUCCGGCGCUGGGCGAGGCGGGGGCCGAUGGACGCGGGGCCGGAGGCGGAGCGGGGCCCGGCCUGGGGUGGCUGCCGGCCGGGGGGGCGGCUCGACAUGAGCCACGGCUUCGUGCGGCACAUCCGGCGGAACCAGAUCGCCAGGGACGACUACGACCGGGAGAUGAAGCAGGCCAAGGAGAAGGUGAAGAAGAGGCACACGCCGACCCCGCCCCGGCCCAGGAAACCCGACCAGCAGGUGUACCACCCCUGCCGGAGAAGUCGAGCUGACCCAGCCUGCGGCCUGGAGUAUGAGGGGUCUAGCGAGAGCAGCUCCAGCACCGAGCCAGACCCCCGCGGCACAGAGCUCUUCUGCCUAGAGUAUGAGGCCGACAGCGGCGAGGUCACCUCGGUCAUUGUACACCAGGACGACAGCCCUGAGGAGGUGACGGAGAAGGUCUGUGCCCGGAGCCCGCUGGAGCCGCCCCUGCGUGAGGCCCUGAGGCAGAGGGUGCAGGAGGAGCUGCGGAAGCGGCGGGCGAAGCGCUGAGGCUGGCCGUGCUGAGUGAGGAGCUAGGCGCAGAGGGGGAGCUGCGGCACCCUGGCUGGGGGUGUUGGAGGCUGUGGCCCCGGGGAGCGAGAACCCGGCUGCCCCAAGCUCCCACAGACUUGCUGAACGGGUUUGUUCCCUGCCACUCCCAGCCACCCCCAGCAGCCAGGGCCCAGCGCUGGUGCCCCAAGAAGGAGCUGGCUGCUAGGUAGGGAUCCUGAGCGGGGUGGCCUGUGGGUCCUGGGAACUGGGGCAGAUGAAGCCCUGGGCACAGCCUGGCGGGAGGAGUCUUGCCCAGCCUGGUAAUGCCUGGAGGGUGCACCGGUGCUGACAGGCCCCAUGAAGCCACUCUGCCCCCAUGGUCCUCCAGCCUCCCCUCCCCCAGGAUCCCCCUGCCCCCCAUCCCCUCAGGGUCCGCCCACCCCCAGCCUCCCAUCCCCCUAGGGUCUCCCUGCCCCCAUUCCCCCUGACUCCCCCGUCAACCUGCCCCCUGACUUCCAUGCCCCCAGGGUCCCCCAUUCCCCCAACUCCCACCUCCUGGGGUCCCCUAUCCUCCGUUCUAUGGGUAGCUGAGCUGCUCCCUGUUCUGGCUCAGUUCCCACGGGGGGCUCACACCCAGGCAGACUGUCUUGUUUAAGGGAGCUCUGUGGCUGGUUGAAGGUGCCAGGCUGUUGGCCAGCACACAGCACGGGACCUGGCAGCUGGGGCGGUGGCCAGAGGGCACCGGGAUUGGGCUGGUCCCUGAGAGGUUCCCAUGGGCCCUUACCUCCACCCAGGCAGGAAUGUGCCACUGAGCCCUUUAGGGGACGCCCUGUGUCCUGGGUGGGGGAACCGGCCGAACCCCAUUGGAUCUGCCCUACACGCAUGGUGGAACCGCCCCCUCGGCGCCGGGCUGCGUCAGGCAUCUCGGCUCUAGUGCCCGUUGGCCCCGGGGCGCUGGAGAAAUGAAUGAGCCCCGUGCUCCAGUGCCAUGGCCAUCCAGGCCUGCCCCAGGGAGCUCUCGGCACCAGGACCGCAGGGCCCUGUGCUCGCAGCACCAAUAAAUGUCCUGACAAAACAGAA